AUGGGAGAUCUGGGCUUAUUAUGCGUGCGUUACAGACAAUAUUCUGUGUACUUGGUACUAAACAACAGCUAUCAGUUACUAUAUAGGCAACAAUGGCCUGUCUCUAUUCAACUUUGCACCCACUGCCUGCCAGAACCUCCUCUCCCAAGCCGCAGGAGAUCAAGGCACCCUUUACUUCGCCGGAAAGCAACGAUCCAUAGACAGCAUCGUUCUGCUAAGCAACGGCAUCUCCUUCGCCAUCCAAGUCGUCCUCUUCCUGAUAAUCGGCAGCUUCGCAGACUUUGGCAACUGGCGACCCAAUAUACUGAUCGUACUCUCAGUCGUCGCAUACGCCAUCGGCUUCGCUUGGCUGGGUGUACACGAAGCAGACAAAUGGCACGUCGGAGUCGGACUAUAUAUCGUCGGGCUGAUCGCCUACCAGACCACGCUGACUUUCUGGACGGCAGCGUUUCCGGGUCUCGCACGGAACACGAAGGAGAUGAAGGACGUCGCAGAGCAAUACGAUACUUCCUCCUCGGCGAUUCCCUCAACACAACAGUGACGGUCAUAUCCACCUUGCAAAACAGCAUCGUCUCCUACAACACACUCCAAUUGACCUAUCUGCUCCUAGUCGGCAUCGCAGCCCAGGCCGUCGGCAUCUACGCCUUCUGGUACGCCCAAAAACGCCUCAACCUCAGCACCAAAACCAUGUUCAACCUCAUAGCCAUAGCCAUCAUCCUCCUCGACGGUUGGGGUAUGAUAGGCAUCUGGACCCAGAAGUUCGGCUUCCAUCAUCUCUGGGAAGUCUGGCUUUAUCAAGCCUACUACGGCCUCUUCGUCUGCCCCUGGUACAGCUACUCCCAGAUCAUGAUAUCAGAAGUGACGCCUCGCGGCCACGAAUUUCUCUUCUUCAGUUUAUUCAGUAUCGUGGGCAAGACGUCCUCAUUCAUCGGGCCGCUCGUUUCAAGCGCCAUCAUCGAUGCCUCGCCGUCGGGGAAUAGCUCCAUGCCAUUCUAUUUCCUUUUUGCGUUGAGUGUGCUUAGUUUUGGGUUCUUGGUGGCCUUUUUGGAUUUGGGAGUGAGUAGGGAGGAGCAGAGGGGUUUCUUGAAGGGGAGGGGAGGGUUGGAUGGGGAGGAAUUGGAGUAG